AAAAAUUUUUGACUGAUUCUGAAUUCAAUUUCGUUGAAAAUUCUGUUUUGUUUUUUUCGGAUUUUUUUUCAACAACAAAUUUUCUAAUUUAUCAACCAAGAAGCAAACAAACAAAAAAACAUAAUGGAUUCAUUACAUCGUCUACAGGAACAGGAAGGUGUUAGUGUUGGUGGUGGUAGUGUUCGUUAUUCAAAUCGUAAUAAUUCAACAUCAUCAAAUGGUGAACCACGUUUAUCCUAUGGUAGUCCUGGACGUGGUGGUACGGGUGGUGGUGGUGGAAAUUCCAGUGCAAAUGGUUUUCUUGUCGAUAGUCUUCGUCGUAGUGUUGAUAUGCCUGCUUAUAUGCAAUGGCAAACAUUAUCAACCGAUGUAUCGAUAAAACUUCGGUAAGAUUUUUUU